AUGUCACUGGCACCUUACUACUAUAGACCACUCACGCCUCCAGAGGCUGCUGGAGCUGCUGGUCAGCACAGCCAUAUUCGGAAUGUGUCUCGCUCGUCCUACUUUGCAGCCGACAGCUCGCCUGAGCCGGUAAUUACUGCUUGUAAUACAACUCCCAGUCGAUCGCCAGUUCUCCGUCAACAUGGCCCGACUUUGCUCCCUAAGAUCAGGACCCAGGACUCGACUCUGGAGCCUCCGUUCGUUCAUCGACCCUCCAUCCACCGAAGGAGCUCGUCGACCGUCAUCAAAAACUCCAAACAUGCUCGCCCUAACAUGUAUAGGAGCGCGACUGAGCCUGUUGAAUAUACACCGAUGAUAUCUCCCGUGUCGAAUGCGCCUCACUCGCGCUCGAACUCACUCAAUCCAUCUCCUGGAUUGGCCAAGGCCAAGCUCAAUGUGCCCGUAAGGACUCAUUCCCGCUCGACCUCUGCAUCGAGCAUCAACAGCGAUGUUCUGAAUCGUUUUGGCUAUCCUACUUAUCGCCAAAUGCCCGUCUAUGUGUCUCACGAUCACCAAACCCCGUCUCCGGACCUCUUCGCCACCAACUUUAUGCCAUAUACCAAUGCUCCCAUGGCUGAGCCUCCUAUUAUCAAUUUGGAGGGCACAUUUGACAUGCCGAUUGAUCUUGAGACGAUCUCGAGACCCUGCUCUACGAGUCCUCCUCCCAUGCUGCCAGCCGUCUCUACGAUCAGUAUGCUCAGCUACUUGACCCAACCAACGCAGCCCAUCAACCUAGUUCGGCAUCUCACCUUCCAAACCGGCCGUGGUCUAACGAACCACUUUUGGUGGGAUAUUCGCAACGUCCGACCGUGGAAAUCGUUUUCGCUCCAGACCAUGUCUGCCAUCCCUGAUCUUCUGACGCUUCUUAAUUUCGAACACGAUAAAGCCUGCCUACCACUGAUGGGCACCAACGCCAACACUGUGACACCUGCCUCUGAAGCCGAUCUCGCCAAUCUCAUUUCCAAGAUCUACUUUCCCAAGGUCAACGCUGCCACACGUCUGUCCCUCGGUACCAACUCUGUCGCUCUGUACCCUGCCCCAACCCCAACAAGCUCUGGGUUGAGUGCCAACUCGGCCAACAUUCCCACCUUUCUGGCUAAUUACCCGAGCGACAAUGACCGUACACUCUCAGGACUCCCGCGAGGUCGCGUCGUCGGCUUGGUCCGGUCUUUUGAUCGCUGGAAUACAGGCAUGCGCCGUGAAGGCCCUGCACGCAAAGUCGAGUAUCUACGCACUCUGGCGCAUCUGCAGAAAUGCAUGCGAGACCACAGCUGCCGUUAUGGCUUCAUUAUCACAGAGAUCGAACUCGUCUGCGUCCGUGCCGGAUGCGACGACCGUGGCCAUCCGUAUUUCGGCUACCUUGAAGUUGCGGAGGCGGUGGAGACCAAGACCUUUGCUCGCAAAGGGAACGAGGCAGCAGGUGAAGUUGACAUGACUGUCACUUUGGCUCUGUAUUAUCUUCUUAUGCUCGCCAAAGCGACGCCUUUGCCCGGCCAGCUGGGGAGCUUCAUGGAUGUGGGCGGUCCCGGAACACUGACUCGACAAAGAGUCUGGGAUGGGGAACUCGGUGGUAGUAUGCUCGCGGUCGAUGAGGACGGAGAUGUCGAGGAAUUGGGAAAAGAUGGCAAGGACAAGUGGAUUCCUGAACCGCAGAUGGGAGAGAAACGGGAAGCGAGGACGAAUCUACCUUUCCAAAAAGUCCAACACCGGGUCGACACGACAGAUGCGCAGCCAUCCAACGAGCAAGGAGGCAUCUUGGUUAUGGUGACUGGUGCAUUACUGGUCGAUGAUCAACAACAUCCCAUGAGCUACGUCCAGACGUUCAACCUGCAACCCGAGGGCGGCAGCUACUUCGUGUUCAACGACAUCUUCAGACUGGUGUAUGCAGCAAGUGGAUAG